AUGAAGAAUGAGUACGACCUCAAAGUGGUGCAUCUGAAGCUUUAUGAGAGCAUCCUCGCCAUCUACGUGCAUUCCAUGAAAGUGAACUCCAAAGAAGAAGAGGCCCUUCUGAACAUGAAGCUCUCGUGCAGAGGUUCGAUCCGGCGUGCUAACAACAUCGUGGAAGUGGUCUUCAUGCUGCAGAACCUCUCGAACCGUUAUGGCAUGAGCGACUCAGCUGGCUUCGUGCGCCGGUGGAACAACAUGUCUUCCAAGCAGUUCCAGAUCACUGGGAAGAGGGCUGUGGCCUUGAAGCAGCUACUGGAGGUGGCACCCAAGAAAGCCCUCGAUUCCAUCUUGGCUCACGUGGGGAACCUGGGCUGGCAGCAGUGCGUGUGGUCCGAGGAGGUGCUGUCCAACAAGAAGAUCUACCCAAAGUUCAACUUCCCUUGCAAAUCUAAGAAGUGGAUCCCACGAGUGAGGACCACUGACGAGAGCCUCUGCUUGAUGAUCGAGCGGGUCCAGAACCUACAUGAAGCUCAGAACCAGAUGCUGCGCGUGAAGAUGACCCCGCAUGUGGCAGAGAUGAUUGCUGAGAGCGCAGCUGCUGUGCUUGCCAUUGCGCAGGAGAUCAGCUUGACCGCGCCGAUUGACGAUGCGAAGCUUCAAUCAUCAUGGGUGCGAGCAUGGGCUGAGGGCUCGGACCACGUGCACACGGAGAUCCAGAUGGGGCCGAUGGAGAAGAGCGACAGCUUCGACCCGGCAGUACACCUAUCAACGAUGAAGCGCCUACUGGACGAGCACAUUUUCCAGGCCCCCCUGGCGCCUGCGGAAGAGGUCAAGCGGUCCCUCGACGUGGACGAAUUCAAUCUGGACAUGAAAAAACUAGAGUACGAUACUACGGUGUUCGAAAACUGGGAGAAGAAGUGCGAUAAUGUUGUCACUGCCCGCUACCAUGCAGAGCAGGAGCCAUCAUGA